AUGGCUACUCAUAAUAACAAAAAAUGCCGGCGCUGUUCUUGUCGGAGCAAGGCGUGUCAGCGGCGUAGGGUGGAGCGGCGCCAAGGCAAGAGCUUGAUCUCCCACGCUCAGUUCCUUCUGAUCCCCUGUCCCGGUGCCUCCACCAGGAAGCACCAGAUGGAUGCGGAUGAGGAACUACAGCCAGAUGAGAUCGCCAUCGACAGCGAGGACCUUCAGGUCAUGAGUGAGUCGGUCAGCAAGAUGCAGCAGCAAAUAAGUCGGGGUCUGCGUGAUAUCCAAGAGAUUCGUGCCCUGGUCAAGAAGGCGGUAGCCCAGCGAGAGCUUGAACAGCGUGAGAUUGCCAUGCGAAGGGUGAAAACGGAGAGUAAAGUCACCAGGCGCUAA